CAUUUUUAUGCUUGAAUUAAUUAGAUAUUCAUAACCUUACAUUGAAAGUGUGUCAUUAAAAAAUAUUUCUAUCUAUAAUAUAUGUAAUUUUGGUUGAAAUCUUAUUAUCUUACCAAAACUCCAAACAAGAUUUUUCUCACGAGCAAGUACAGUAGAGAAGCGCCUGCACAGCUGCAACUGCGCCGGCGUGAUUAGCCGCACGUGUUUACACGAUCACAUAACCUCGAACACAUACCGACACACAGCACCUUGGCUCUAGCAGCUUUGUUGUUUUCUUUUAAAUUUCCCUUUAAAAAAGCCAUAAUGAAAGUAACCGAAAGGGAAGAAGUGGUGACCGUCGGUAGCCACGUUAUAAUUCAAAAAUUGGAUUACACGAAAGUGUACAGAGUUUCUGAGACUGGCUCACUUGCUUUGGGCAAGGAAGAAAUCAAAAUGAGUGCAAUCAUAGGACAGCCCUUCUGGACUACCUUCAAAGUGAUUCCUCCCGAAGGGAAACGUGACAAUAAAAACUACAGAAAAGGUCCACCUUCGACUCUGGUUGUAGCUGAAAAAUCUGAUACUCUGGAAGACUUGAAGAAGGCUGUGGCAAGUGGAUGUGACAAUCGGUCUAUCAACGACGAUGGAAAGUCACAGAAACUCUCCAAGGAUGAUAUUCUGGGUCUUCGGGAUGCUGGCAAAUCAGGACGAGAGAUCGUAAGUAGUCUCAUUGAGAACAAUGCAUCUUUUUCCGAGAAAACUGAGUACUCGCAAGAAAAGUACAUUCGUAAGAAGGAGAAAAAGUACUGUCAGUUUUUGUCGGUGCACAAGCCGACUCUCUCUUCACUGCAAAAGAUUUACUUGAGACAAGAUCCAGCAAAAAUUUACUUUUUGAGAAUGGACACUUUGGCUCAACUAUUUAGUUAUAGCGACGUUAAAUCUGAGGGUACAUUUAUACUGUACGACAGUGGGACAAAUGGACUUGGUGCUGCGGGAAUGUUGUCCAGAAUAGGCUCCAAAACUAGUGGUAAUUUACUCUAUCUCCAUCCUGGAGAUCAUCUGCCACAAAUGCCUAUUUUGCGAGCCAUGAACUUCCCUCAAGAUCAAUUAGAUAGAUUAACUGUUGUCAGUAUUUUUGACUUCUUUAGGAAUAGAAAUAAAGCUGAAAGUGAUAGUGCAAUUAAAGCAGACAGAAUAGACGUCGAAGUAGAAAGUGUAGUUAUGGAAGAUAAGAAAGUCCAGGAAACUGAGGGAGUAAAAGACUCUGUAGAUAGUAAUAAAGAUGAUUGCGAAGAAAACAAAUGUGAUAUUGCUAAUUCUAAUGAAUUGAAAAGAAAAAAUUCCGAAGAUCAAGGGGAGGGUGAACCGAUUCUCAAAAAGUCAAGAAAAGUUCAGGAUAUCGAACGAGCCGCUGAACUCUUGUCAAGUUCAAAGGCUGAUGGUUUAGCCAUCAUUGCAAAAGAGCAUCCUUUGAAUAUAGUGAAAGCUCUUUUACCACUUGUCAAAUCAUCUAGGCCAUUUGUCAUCUACCACGCUCAUCGAGAACCACUUCAAGAGACUUACGUUGCACUGAAACAGCAAAGUGACGUGAUCAACCUUAGACUUUUUUCAAAUUUCUUGCGUUCCUACCAAGUUCUACCCGACAGAACUCAUCCGGAUAUUCUCACAAAUGACUGCGGUGGUUACUUGCUGUCCGGAUAUUUAGUUAGCUAAGGAAAGGACGUGUACAAACUUAGAUAUCUCAAUUGAACGGACAUGUAAUUUUAUAUACAAAAACAUUGACCUUUACAAAAUAAUAAUUGUAAAUACAAAAAUUACUUGUAUUUAAUCUUAUCAUCACAUGAACUUAUCGUGUAAAUACUAUUAUAUAUACAAUGUACCGACUUAUUUUACACAAAUGGAAGACAAAUAUAUUUGACAUUUGUACAUAUUGUCUUCGAGAAAGUUGAAUACUGCAUUAUUAACAUAUUUUAACGAAUUAAAUUAACAACUUUGUAUCAAAAGUAAAAAAAAAA